AAACACACAAACAUUUCACAUAGAGAGAGAGAGAGAGAGAUGGGGGUUGAGCUAUGUACAAAAUUGGGAGGAGGGGGGUUAUUCACAAAGCUAGCCAAGUCAUGGAGCAAAAUGGAGAAAGGCCUAAACGAUUGUGUCUCAAAGAGCUUCAUUGGGAGAUACUUCAAAUUAGAAGCUAGAAAGAGUUGUUUUACAAAAGAGCUACGCGCUGCCACUGCCACUUUUCUCACUAUGGCAUACAUCAUUACUGUCAAUGCCACCAUUCUCUCUGACUCUGGUGGAACUUGCUCCAUUGCUGAUUGCACAGCCUCUUUGAACCAAACAGCUAGCCCAGAUUGUGUGAUCAAGCCCAAUGCUGGGUACCAAAAUUGUCUCUCUAAAGUGAAAGGUGACCUCAUUGUUGCCACUGUUUUGUCAGCCAUGGUUGGGUCCAUUGCUAUGGGAAUUCUUGCUAACCUUCCCUUGGCUUUGGCACCAGCUAUGGGCCCAAAUGCCUACCUAGCCUAUAACUUGGUGGGCUUUCAUGGAUCUGGAUCCAUAUCCUACCAAACUGCACUAGCUAUUGUCUUAGUUGAGGGUUGUGCCUUUUUUGCAAUAUCCGCUAUUGGGCUUCGCUCAAAGCUCGCUAAGCUCAUACCUCGGUCGGUUCGGCUCGCCUGUGCAGCCGGUAUUGGCCUUUUCAUUGCAUUUGUGGGCUUGCAGGUGCACCAAGGAGUGGGCCUCAUUGGGCCUGAUUCGUCGACGUUAGUGACCCUCACGGGCUGCGCUAAUACAAACCCAGAAACAGGUGCAUGCAUUGGGGGAAAAUUGAGAAACCCAAAACUCUGGCUUAGUUUGGCAGGCUUUCUAAUCACAUCAUAUGGGUUAACGAAGAACGUAAAGGGUAGCAUGAUAUAUGGUAUUCUUUUUGUGACAUUGGUAUCAUGGUUUAGGGGUACAUCAGUGACAUAUUUUCCUAAUACCCCAAUUGGUGAUACUAGUUACAAUUAUUUCAAAAAAGUUGUUGAUUUCAGAAUGAUCAAAUCCACAGCUGGGGCUCUAAGCUUUGGCAAUUUCAAUAGAAGUGAAGUUUGGGUGGCAUUAGCAACCUUGUUCUAUGUUGAUGUGCUAGCCAUCACAGGCACAAUGCACACAAUGGCUGAAAUUGGAGGGUAUGCCAAUGAGCAAGGAGGUUUUGAAGGUGAGUAUUUGGCAUACUUGGUUGAUGCAGGGUCCACAAUAGUGGGGUCCACAUUGGGAGUUUCAACAGUUGCCACUUAUGUGGAAUCAUCAGCUGGGUUGAGAGAAGGGGGUAGAACAGGAUUAACGGCUGUGAUCAUUGGAUUGUAUUUCUUCAUUUCAUUGUUUUUCGUUCCCCUACUUUCUAGUGUUCCUCCAUGGGCCAUUGGCCCAUCACUAGUAAUGGUUGGGGUGAUGAUGAUGAAGGUUGUGAAGGACAUAAAUUGGGCAGAUAUGAAGGAAGCAAUCCCUGCUUUUAUAACCAUGCUUCUAAUGCCACUUACUUAUUCCAUUGCAAAUGGGAUUGUUGCUGGGAUUGGGCUCUAUGUUGCUCUUAGUCUCUAUGAUUACAUUUUGGGUUCUAUAAGGUGGUUGAUCAAGAUGAAGAGGAUGGUUGACAAGGAACAAAAUCAAGUGUCUGCUACAGCUAGUGUAGAUUCAACAAUUGAAAUUAUCUGA